CCAUCAUACCCUUUUUUCACUCACCAGUCUAAGGUUAAACAGUGCCUGAGCUAUAUCGCUCCGAAUUAUAUACCUUUCAGCAGGCUGCCUUGUCCGCUGAGAAAGUAAACAACAUCUGAACUACAAAGCUGCAAGGCCAGCACUCCAUAGGUGCCCUGACACGCCUGAAAGAAUCGAUCUAGCCUCUUCCCUGCGAACUAUGAUCAGUGCUUUAAAUUAAUGGAGCAGAAUACAUAGAGCAACUACGUUAUCUAGUGCUGGCUCGCCAAGGCAUAUUCCACCUAGCGGACGAGGUACCUACCUUAUAUACCACGGCUCCGUCACAUUUCCAGAUACUUGGUACCAAUAUCCCCAUCGAUCGGAACUUCUUGCAUAAUAUCGACAAUGAAAGUCGCGUCUGUUGUCUCGUUAAGCGCUUUCACGGCAACCACGUUGGGAAACACCUUCGAACCCGUUAACUUCAACGUUACGGGAGCUCUCAUAAGUAAUGGUAUCAAUGUCGCCGCCAUCCCCGAGCUCGUGGAGUUAGUGGAACGCUCGUCUCCGAGUGGCUGCUCAAUCGCUUGCACUGCUCUCAAAUUUUCUUUUGCUAACGGUAGCGUGCUCUCUGAAGGGACUCCGGCGUACGAGAACUUCACAAACAGUUAUUGGUCGGCCCAACAAAAUAGAUUAAAACCUCAUUGUGUGUUCAAGCCCAGUAAUGCCCUCCAGGUCUCGACACUCGUCCUCCUGUCUCGGCUCACGCAAUGUCCCUUUGCCGUGAAGGGAGGUGGGCAUGCUGCAUUUGCUGGAGGCUCGAGCAUAGACGGAGGUAUCACAGUAGCUCUAGAGAACCUGAAUGGGAUCACACUAUCGUCUGAUAAGGAGAUUGCAUCGAUUGGGCCGGGUAAUCAAUGGGGACAUGUUUACAAGACGCUGGAGCAGUAUGGUGUUGCAGUAAUUGGUGGCCGUGUGGCUUCGGUCGGUGUAUCUGGGUUGACUCUUGGAGGGGGCAUCUCACACUUUGCCAACGCUUAUGGGUGGGCAUGCGACAAUGUUGAAUCAUUCGAGGUUGUGACGGCCUCCGGUAUCAUCGUUACCGCCAGUGCGACUGUAUUCCCUGAUCUCUAUUGGGCUCUCCGUGGUGGAGGCAAUAACUUCGGUAUCGUAACCAAGUUCAACAUGAGGACCUUCGUUCAUGGCCCGAUGUGGGGUGGCCAACGUGCGCAUCUCGAGUCUGAAUGGGAUGCCGUCUAUCGAGCCUACUACAACCUAGCCAGAGACGCCGCCAAGGACACGAAGCAGGCUCAAAUCGUUUCCUUCGCGCUACAGAAUGGGAACAAGAUCGCAGCAGAAGAUCUAGAGUACUCUGAUCCUACACCUUGGCCUGCGGUCUUUGACGAAUGGAAGGCUAUUCCUGCAAUCGUGGAUGGAACCGCUAUCAACAACCUCUCCACACUGACGCAGAACCUCGGCGCAGGGGUACCUGACGGUAUCCAGGAAACGUACUGGGAUCGGACCUUUAAGCUCGACAAGGACAUUUUCAAGAUCUUUAUCGAUACAUUCUUCAAAAUGCUUCCUGCCAUCACGGAUGCUGCCGGCAUUCUACCCGUACUCUCGUUCCAGGCAAUCACCGUUCCGGCUAUGGAGAAGAUGCAGCAAAAUGGCGGUAAUACGCUCGGCCUUGACCCAAAUCAAGGCCCUGUUUUCAUCUGUAACCUUGCAAUCAUGUGGACCAAUGUCGCGGACAACCCUCGAAUCAUGGCCUUUAGCAAUGACCUGUACAAGCGCCUUGUGGCGAUAGCGGGUGAACGGGGUCUAAACAACGACUUCAUAUAUAUGAACUUCGCAUCGCCUUACCAAGAUGUCAUCUCAAGCUAUGGGGCGGCUUCAAAGGAGAAGCUAAAGAAGAUCGCAGGAUUCUAUGAUCCUACUGGAAUUUUCCAGAGGCUGCAGCCUGGUUACUUCAAGCUAAAGGGCGCGCCGUAUGGAGCGUUCCCUGCGUAGCUGGGGAACGUGACAUAGAUGUUUGCUCUGUAGACAGUUGUUAUAUAGCAAUCCAUAAUGUUUGCUUUACGAAGAGUGCCCCUAGGACGGGUUGCUCUGGCCUGCU